CGUCGUCAUCAUCAUCCACAAAAACUUUGAAGGCUGUGUUUUGACUGUUCUCCAGAAACUUGCAGAGAGAACAAAAAUGGCUUUUCUCAGCAAUAUCUCGUUGCCCUGCAUCAACAUUCCACCAAAACUAUCUCUCUCUCUCUCCAAUUCAGUGUCUUCUCGUUCUCUUCGCCUUCCUUUCUGCUCCAGGCCACAGGAACUCAAGGAAGGAAAUGGGGUUUGGUCAUUGGGGGAAGGGGUUUCCAAGAUGGGCUUGCUUGCCCUUGUAUCUGCCUCUCUGUUCUUGGUCGACCCUGCUCUUGCUUUUAAGGGUGGAGGUCCCUAUGGACAAGAAGUCACCAGGGGACAAGACCUAACCGGCAAGGACUUCAGUGGCAAGACUCUUAUCAGGCAGGACUUCAAGACGUCCAUCCUAAGACAAGCCAAUUUCAAGGGAGCUAACUUAUUAGGAGCUAGCUUCUUUGAUGCAGAUUUAACAGGUGCUGAUCUAUCAGAUGCUGAUCUCCGAGGUGCAGAUCUUUCCUUGGCAAACUUUGCAAAGACGAAUCUGACAAAUGCUAACUUGGAAGGAGCACUUGCUACUGGCAACACAUCCUUCAAGGGAUCAAACAUUACAGGCGCUGACUUCACUGAUGUUCCUCUCAGAGAUGAUCAAAGAGAAUACCUAUGCAAAAUCGCAGACGGGGUUAACCUGACGACUGGGAAUGCAACAAGGGAGACAUUGCUCUGCAGAUAGAUAAGGCCAACAGAAAAUAAAAAAACUCGUUGUUUCUUGAGAGGCUUCAUCUUCAUCUGGGCAUUUGUCGAAGCUUUGGUACGAGGUUUAGUUUCUGUUGUGUCUGAGAUUGUUGUUGCUGAUAAAAUGUGUAUAUGUAUAGUUAUAUACCCGACAACAAGAUUGUCUUGUCCACCGGAGAAUGACUUAAUAAACUUCGAAGCUAAGGAAAAUACAUUUUCAAUGUGGUGAAAUAGAGAAGAAAAAAAGGAUGGGCACCA